ACGAAAGCAACCACGCCGGAUGAGCUGAUCUGUUACUCUCCUUCCAGAAUACAAUUUUCGCUUAAUCUGACAUAGAACUGAUAACAGGUAACAGUACUAAAAAUAAGGUGAAUGUCACUGUAUGUUGCGUUGAUCUUCAUCGCGCUUACCUGAUACGUGUAACCAGAUGUAACUGUAGCCGCUUAGGUGUAGGUUGACCUAUCGUCUAGUUUUAAUAUUUGCUUAUGUGAGCAAAAUGCAGUAAUCAAAUUUUCCUCGCACAAUAAUUUCGUCACUGAACGUUUCAUAGAAAGGGGCACAUUAACUGUAUUUAAGCUAUAAAUCCAAGCAUGAAACGAAACUCUUUAUUUAAUACGUUAAAACAUACUGAAGGCAAUUUUGCUGACUUAGCGUGACUUAAAGGAUUUUUGAUAAUCCGGGGGGUGGGGUAGUGCUUAAAAAGGGGGAAGAGACUGAAAGAGGGGAGACAUGCGUAAGCUGUACCCACAGCUCUUGACUUGGCUCUUCAUCUUACAUACUAUAUUAACUGUAUUACAUGCAACAUUUUAGUCAUCAUAAGAUCUGCAACUUACAGUAACUCGCACACACUAAUAUUUUCUUGGCCUGGUCCAGGCUCCAAGAUAAUAGGGAAAGCUUAUCGAGGAAAGUUGUGUGCAAAAGACAGGGGAGCUGAGAGGGAGAAAGAUACAUGUAAGUGUAGCCUGUGAGCAUUGUUCUGGUAUAUAUGUUGUGGUUCAAUUUUAUCCUUGGUUCAAAUUUUCUUUUCUUUUGUUUCAAACUCAUUAUCAUGUUAUUAUCACACAUUACCAUACCCAAUAACAAAAGAAAAUAAAAUUUGAACCACAACAUAUAUGCCAGGUUGGUGAGAAGACUGUGGUGUUUGUUAAUAAGAUGCUUGCCUUUUUUCGCUCACUCAUUACUUGCCUCUUGCUUGCUCACUUUUCUUACUCAUUGGCACGGACCGAGAGCCUGACACAGGCUAAUAUAUUCUUGAGUAUCAAAUUUUUGAAUUUUUUUGAUCACAAAAAAUACAAAAAAUGGAAUAUGAUGUGCUUAGCAUAGGAAGGGCAACAGAAUGGAGAGAGGUUUGCUCUGGUAGUAGCAUGUACACUGUAGUAGAGUUUCUGGAAAACAUGAUUCUCCAUCCUUCGACAGGAACAGGGUUUGUAAGGCUCUGGAUCUUUCACCCCACCCAAGCAUCUGUGGGUCACUCCAUGACAAAAAUAAAUUCAAAACAGCAAGUUGGUGCAUUUCAACUUUUACUAAAGUGUUUUAAUAGAAGGUAGGUUGUGAAGACGAGUUAAUGUAAAUUAUAUCCCAGUAGAUGGGCCUGCUGGCGAAAGGCCUGUCGUCAGACUCUUCAAUCUCAUGUAGAAUACUCCCCUUGUUUCUUAAGUGCUCAUCAUAUAAUUUAAAGGAUAACCUGUAUUAAUUAGCUGACUAGAAGACACUUUCAGUUGUGAUCAGCAUCAAAUUUCUCCUGGUUGGUGUAUUUCUUUGAAGGUUGGACAUUCAUGACUGAUCAAGCUGAUAGACAUGUAACCAUUGUUAAAGAAGUGAUAUAAUAAUAUUUUAAUGAUUAUGAUGAUAUUGAUAAUAAUAAUGAUGAUGAUGAUAGUGAUAAAACUGAUGAUUUAUAAUGAUAUUGAUGAUGAUGAUAAUAAUAAUAAUAAUGAUAGUGGUAAUGAUAAUAAUAUUAUUGAUGAUGAUGGUGAUAAUGAUAAUGAUAAUGAUAAUAAAAAGAAAUAUAUAUUUUAGAGACAUUUAAGAUAAACAGUAAAACCUACUAACAUAUUCAUACUGUAGCCCUAUGCAACCCUAAGAUCCCUUCUUCCUUCUUCCAUAUUAAAACUUUCCCCUACUCUCGCUCUUUAAAACUUGUGGCAUGCAUGCACAUGUACUUGUUCAUGUAGACGUAUGCCACAUUUAAUUAAUGUUUAAUCUUUUGGCAGAAAUCCUUUGUAAACUACUUUGAAAUUUUGUCAUUUGUCUGUCCCUGAUGUCACUUACAAAUUCAGAGUUUUGGACCUUUGUGUCUGGAGAUUUACAUGUGUGUGACAACUAACUGACUUACAGACUUGUAAUAGACAAAUUUGUUUGUUCUCAUUAAUUACCAUCUUUAAGUACCUCCAAAAAUAACAAAAUAAUGCUGUGAAAUUCAUUCACAAAUGACCAAUACAUAAUUAUUCCUGGGCGGGUCUUGAAGGAAUCCGAACUAGGUGAUAUUGUGAAUGGGUCUCCAUUUGUCAGUAGGUUUAAAAGGUACAGGCGCACACGAGCCAAAGGCCUAAACAGCCAGACCUCAUCUCAAUUUCCUUAGUAUGAAGCAUGCUUAGGAGUAUUGCUACUCCCCCCUGGAUGGUAUGAUAGUCCAUCACAGGAAAACCCCUCAGCAGUGUGUUGCCGGUACCCAUUAUACACCUAGGCCCAGUUCUUCGAAGGCUAAUUAGCAUUAAACCCGGGUUAAACUUUAAUCCAGGUUCGUUUUUCUUUUGUUCAAAAGCAUUUCCUUAGAAAAUUUUCGUUAUUCUUUGUAGAGCAUUCAGUUAUCAAGUUGUAGACGAAAACAACUAAACUGAAUUUUCCCUUUAGGCUUUCGAAUCCGAAUUUAAAUUUCGCACUAACCCAGGGUUAUCUUCAUCCAACUUUGAACAACCGGACCCUGGGUAAAGAGAGACAAGGUGGAGUAAAGUUCCUUGUCUAAAGAAAAAAAAAAGACAAGGCUUGAACUCCAGACCUCAAGGUCCGGAGUUCAAGGUGUUAACCGCAUGGCCAUGUACACCUCCACACUCCAGUAGAAGGUAUAUAAAAAGGGUACCUUUUCUCUCAGAAAAGGUAUUAUUUACUAAGGUGUUUGACCUUGGGUCACCCCCAUAUAAAAAUUCUACCUGUACAUGGGGGACAGGUAGACCUAAGAACAUUUUCAAAGCCAACUACCAAAAUGGUUGCUUCAGAGUGUAAGCAUUAAAGUACCUUACCCUGUAAGAAUACUAUACUAGGCAAGGUGUAAAAAUUAUAAACCUUGAGCUGAGCAUUUUUUUUUCCCCAGACAAGCAACUAUAAUGUCAGCCCAAGUAAACAAGGACAAUGUAGAUGAUGUAGGCCUUGCAGAGUAUCCCAAAGCACAGAGGGAAAAUGGAGUAUUUAUUCUACCUUGGAGUGGGAGAUUAACAGGAAUGCUAAGUGCCAUGAAAUGGUUCAUGACCUCACCUAAUAAUUCCAAUGUACCUGGAAAUACACUUUCAAGAUUUUAUACCUUUGACAAUCAGGUAUUUAUCUAAGCUCAAUUACACUGUAAAAAUUAACAGCUUUGUGUUUUACCAGAAGAACUGAGAUGUGUAUAUGUAGGUGUAGGCAUCCUUAAUUCCAUGCAGUAGAAAUCAAGUGCAGAAAUUACUGAACCCCCCCCCCCCCCAAAGACAAAAGCCUUUGUAAUCCUCCAUGAGUGCGCACUGGAUCUGAGUGGUUGGCUAUAAUCAUCUCAUAUCCAACGAGCGAGAGUGGAAUAAUAAUUGUUUUAUUAAAAACGCCUACAAAAUACCGAGAAUUCUUCCAGACAUUAUUUGUAAAAACAACUGAUUUUCAGCUUGUUUUUAAUUUUGAGCAGACGUGUACAGUUACCAUAUUUGGAGAGCAUGGGCUCAUAUACCAUGAUGGCUUAGCCAAUCAGAGCUCUAGAAUUGCAUUAUCCGAUGAUUCAGUUUUUAAUUAUAUUAUUAUAACAGGAGUUGGACCAAACCUUACCAGUUCUGAAACCAGUCAAGAAAACUCUAGAGUCUCCACCCGCUGACAAUGUUCAAGUGACCUGGAUGGGUCACGCAACUGUUUUAGUUCAAAUGGACGGUCUUAAUAUCUUAACAGACCCUGUUUUCAAUGACUACUGUGGAGUGGCUCGAAUGAUUGGCGUGAAGCGCUACCGCCCUGUCCCUUGCACUGUAGAUGACCUCCCUGAUAUUGAUGCUGUCUGUAUUAGCCAUAACCAUUACGAUCACCUUGACUACACCUCAGUCUGUGCGCUGAACAAGAGAUUUGGAAAUAAGAUCCAUUGGUUUGUGCCAAUGGGCCUGCGUCAGUGGAUGAGAGACAGCGGCUGUAAAAAUGUCAUAGAGCUUGAGUGGUGGGAAGAACACUCUCACCCUAAAUUUACUGAAGAGAGCAAAGCAGUGAAGUUUUGUUUCACUCCAGCCCAACACUGGUGUCGCCGGGGUAUUAAUGACACAAACAAAGUGUUAUGGGGGAGUUGGUCUGUUAUUGGUCCUCGGAAUAGAUUCUUCUUUGCGGGAGAUACUGGUUAUCAUCAAAUUUUCAAACAAAUUGGCAGGAGAUAUGGACCCUUUGAUUUGGCUGCAAUACCUAUUGGAGCAUAUGAACCGAGGUGUGAAACACUUCCGUAUAUAGGGUCAACAACUGGCAAUUAUUUUUGCCUAUACCACAGAGAUUUAAGUGACAUUAUUGGAAAUCCUCUAUUAAGCCACCUGGGGGCUUAUUUAUUUCAAGCACGUUUGAGGGGGGAAUGUUACAGUGUCUUAUUUAAGAAUAGGGACUGGGUAUUCACAACUCGCAACUUGCAACUAGUAACUAGCAACUCACAAAUUACAACUCACAAUGCGCAACUCGCAACUCACAACUUGCAACUCACAACUCACAACUCGCAUCUUGCAACUCACAACUCGCCACUCACAACCCCACGACUCGCAUUCUAUGUGCACCCUUAAAGGGGGAGGAGAAGGGGGCUUUAAAGUGGUGGAGGACUGAAAAGGAGGUCAAAUUAGGGAGGCGAAGGGUAGUUGAGGGGGGCAGGGGGCUUAAUGGAGGAUUAACGAAAUUCUACCAGGUUGCUUCCUUAAAUGAGCCUCACCCAUAAAUGUUGACUAGUAACUAGUUUCAAAAUCAAAGCAUUGAAUUUCAAUGAACAUUCAAUUCAAAUUUCGUACAUGGUAUAGUUUGAGUUAAUUACAAAUAUGUGUACUAAUUUCUUUUCACUUGUAUCCUAGAGGGUUGAUGCAGUUCCAACAUGUAAAUCCCGAGGAAGCCGUUGACAUUCAUGAAGAUGUCAAAUCCAACUUUUCUCUUGGAGUUCACUGGGGAACUUUCAAUCUGUCGUAUGAGGUGAGUGCUUUUUCUUUGCUUAUAUCUACUCCAAAGUAGGAGGAGGAAGUCUUUGAGGGCAAACUCAUAACGAAGACCCUCGUAGGACCUAUUCGGGUUUUUAGACAGUUUUAGAGCAAUCGAGGAGCAAGAUUUGGACCGGAUUGUCGUCAUGAACUGGACACGGGAUUUGGCGAUGCCACCAUGUGGGAUUCGGAUGAUGUUGCUCAAAAGUAUCCGAAAUCUUGGCUACCGAAAAUGGCAGCCAGAGGUGAAUAUGCCGAAACAUUAUACUACUAAACAAAAAGGACAGAAAAAUAGAGGGAGUGAAAAGAAGUAAAACGAAAAGAGAAAAAAAAAGCAGUCGUUGCUCCCUUCAUAAAAUUGUCUAUUUUGGAGACAGUAUUUGAAUUACAAAAUUCUGGUUGAACGAGAAAGACUUUGAGGCAGUAACAUUUUCGAACAUCCAGCUCGAUUUAUUUUGCUCAUCUUUCUUUUAUUUCUUCUUUUGUAUUUAAUCAGCAUUAUCUUGACCCACCAAAGGCGCUCAGCGGGAGACUUCUUAAGCUAGGAAUUUCUGAUAAAGAAUUCCACACCAUCAAGCAUGGUGAGACGAAAGUUAUUACUAAAGAUGACACAAAGACGGCCCAAGAACGUCGAAAUGCAGUUGUGUUUGAAACAUCUACUUGACAUCCUUUCACUUCCCCAGAUAGUAUAAAGACUUUUUAUGUAAUAGCUGUAUUUUUAAAUUCCGUGAGCAACGUUCCACGGUUUGCCCCCCCGGAAAGGGGUUCCUUUUUCAAGCUCUAGGUAUAUAAAGGGCUACCCGCACCCCGGGGGAGGGGGUACUCUCUUAUAUUUGCCUUAUAGAUAUGUGCCGCCCCAAAGGGUAUGGGUCUUGCACCGUUUUGGUCUGAAAACAGGUAUAGACUUUGCCUAUUCUGGUCUUAGUUCGGGUAUGGUUUUAGAUGGAAUGCAUGAAUGUAUUUGUAGAAAAUUCAAAUAGCGAUUAACAUGUAAUAGCAGCGACAGGUAUUGACAAACACAAAUUGCUAACUGGUUUUACAGGUAAGCUCCAUUUUUGUUCGCUUGUAUCGCGAAAUUUAAUGCCUUUUUUCAUAUUUACCUGUUAUAAUCGCGAAAAGAAAACCCUGUGAAAAGGUGGUAAGAGGUUGGACCUCGUGCGGUAGGAUGAAUUUUUUUCCGGGCGUUUUGCGAUUCAAAGGAGACAUUUUUUGUAUUACUUUCAUCUGGCUCUCUUUCGUUUGAAUUAUUAAUUUUAGGAAACGAAAUUUGAGAUAUAUUGCGAAUUUUGAUGGUUUUUAAACUUAUUUUAAUUUUAAUUUUAUUUAAUUGAGUUAAUUACUUGUAUACGAGCUACAACUACUACCUCUGCAGGUUUUAAAGAAAUUAGCUUUGUUCUGGGUAUAAAAUGAAAAGCGAAAGCAGCUUACAUAUUCUGCUAAUGAGAUUCCUGUUGUACGAUAUUAUUUCAGAGGCGUUUCUAAAAAAUUUAAUAAUAAUGUACAAAAUAUGAAAGUGUAUAGAGACAAAACGAGUAGAUAAUGGAUAGUGUUAGUAAUGUUAGUGUAAUUUGUUAUAUCAUUAUGCUCGACACUGUGUAUAGGACUAGAAAAUCGUAUAUAAGGUAUAAAUUGAUCUAUCUUCUAUUCAUAGCUACAUUACAUGUAGACUCUUUGUUAUACCCUGGAUCGUAAUUUAUUUUAGCUGUUUCAUAAUCGCCCUUAAACAGCCAAAAAUGCUAAGAAAACACCAUAAAUUUAGACAAGCAGACAAGGUAAGAAAUUGUGAUGUAUCUUUAUUUCUAUUUUUGACCCCUAAAUAACGCUCGCUUAAAUCUCCAUAC